ACUGCUACCAAGUAUGCAUUAACAGGUCCGUUUUUCGUGUGUCACAUGAAACCAAGAAUAAGCCGGCGAUGCGCGGGGCGCAGCAUGAAUGUAAGCGCGCAACAAACCCAACCAACAUGACCAUUGACGACGAAAACUUUGUUUCUCGAUCUCGUUUGGAAUUCGGAACUCAACGUGCCGGAUUGAUUGAUGUGCUUCCUUUCAACAUUGUCAACAACGUCUUUUCAUACCUUGAUCAAAGAGAUUACUUGACUUGUAUGGCAACAUGUCGCAGAGGGUACAGCAAAGUUCCCCAGUAUGCCAAAGCCGUUGUAUGGAAAACGGUACAAUUCACAACACGUGAUAUGUGUCAAAACAACAAGAACAACCAUCGUGUGCGCUGCCUUGGAACCCAUGUCAAAAAAGCUAUUUUUAAAGCAUUCAAAAAGGAAGACGAGCUGUAUAACGUGAUGCGCAAAGUGUUUAACGAAUGGGGCUGUAUUGAAAUCGAAUCAAUAGAAAAUGUUCGUGGUCCCGAUUGGUCAUCAUUUUUCGCACCACUUUGCAUGACACAGCUGCGUUCACUGACUCUUACAGACAUUACUUGGAAUGAUCCUGCCGUGCUCUUCACAAUGCUUAACCAUUGUCCCUGCAUCGAAGACAUGGUUGUCAAAGUAAAAGACGCUUCUUUAUUACCGCUUUCCGUUGAACUGUCAGAGGUGGAGCUCUUGUGUAAUCCUUUGCGACAACUGCAUAUGCUCGAGCUGUCUUUUUUUGGCUUUCGAGAUGAACGAGCGAGUAUUGCAUUUCUGGAACGAGUACCUGCACUGGAAGAACUUACUAUGGAUUACUCCCUCAUGGCAACAAGUUCAAUUGCUGCUAUCCAGCGUUAA